CUGGGGCAGCGCAGGCGUGCAGAGCAGCCCUGGGGCCGCGCUGCCUUCCGCACUGCUCGCCCCGCACUUCCCCGCUCCGGCCAGCGACCUUUUCGGGAGGGAGGGGGUUACCUUUCCUUAGCCCCGUUCCUCGCCAGGGAAACUUUCUGUGCGAGAGGCGACUAGUGCGCUCGCUGAAGUGCGAAGGGUGUUUGGCUUCCCCCGUACCAGCCUCCUUCUCCUUCUCCUCCUCCUCCUCCGUCUGCCCCCCCGCCUCGAGUCUCCCCUCCCUGGCUGCUCUGAGUAGCGCUUUAUUUGUGUGUGGGGAGAAAGGGGGUGUGGGGGGGGGGGGAACUUGUAGAGGGGAUGUCCCGAUUUUGCCAGAGGAACGGUGCAAAAAGGGAAACUCGGCUCGGAGAAGGGACGAGAAUAAAUAAAUAAGGAGCGGCCAUAAAAUCAAGGUAGCGGCGUAUCCCGGCGGCGAGAUCACUGAGCUAUAAAUUGAACGGAAGAUAAUUUCUGCUUGUAGUGAAAAGGAAAGGUGAACAACCUCCAUGGAAGACUCUCAGGAUCUAAGUGAACAGUCAGUUACUUCACACAUUCGGGGAACUCGACUCUAUUCUUCAGAGAUAAAUGAGGUAAAGAAAACGUGUACAGAAUCAGAUGUGUCAGAGCCUCCGAACGCCAGGUCUAUGGAAAUGCAAGAUCUAGCAAGUCCUCAUAAUCUUGUUGGAAGCAGUGAUGCACCGGGUAGUUCUAAACUGGAUAAGCCUAAUCUCAGUAGUACAUCAGUUACAACAAAUGGAACAGGAGGAGACAACAUGACUGUUUUAAAUACUGCAGACUGGUUGCUGAGUUGCAGUACUCCCUCCUCUGCAACAAUGUCUCUUCUUGCAGUCAAAACAGAGCCCAUGAACAGCAAUGAAACAACAACAACAACUGGAGAUGGAUCGCUUGACACUUUUACUGGGUCAGUAAUAACAAGUAGUGGCUAUAGCCCAAGAUCAGCGCACCAGUACUCUCCGCAGAUAUAUCCUUCCAAGCCCUAUCCACACAUUCUUUCUACACCAGCAGCUCAAACAAUGUCUGCCUAUGCCGGACAAACCCAGUAUUCAGGAAUGCAGCAACCAGCAGUCUAUACAGCCUACUCACAGACAGGACAGCCAUACAGCCUACCUACUUACGAUUUGGGUGUAAUGUUGCCAGGCAUCAAGACGGAAAGUGGGCUCUCGCAGACACAGUCACCACUGCAGAGUGGGUGCCUCAGUUACAGUCCAGGGUUUUCCACCCCACAGCCAGGCCAAACACCAUAUUCUUAUCAGAUGCCAGGUUCUAGUUUUACACCAUCAUCCACUAUUUAUGCAAACAAUUCUGUUUCAAAUUCUACGAACUUCAGUAGUUCACAACAGGAUUAUCCAUCAUACACAGCUUUUGGCCAAAACCAGUAUGCACAGUAUUACUCAGCAUCAACAUAUGGUGCAUAUAUGACCUCAAACAACACGGCCGAUGGCACUUCAUCAUCAUCAUCAACCUACCAGUUACAGGAAUCUCUCCCUGGCCUGACUAGUCAACCAGGUACAGAUCUGCAUUCAGGGGAGUUUGACACAGUGCAGAGCCCCUCCACGCCAAUCAAAGAUCUUGAUGAGAGAACAUGUAGGAGUUCUGGGUCAAAGUCUCGGGGUAGAGGGCGGAAGAAUAAUCCAUCACCCCCUCCGGACAGUGACUUGGAGCGUGUAUUUGUAUGGGAUUUGGAUGAAACAAUCAUAGUUUUUCAUUCGCUGCUUACAGGAUCCUAUGCACAAAAGUAUGGCAAGGAUCCACCAAUGGCAGUGACCCUUGGACUGCGAAUGGAAGAAAUGAUUUUUAAUCUUGCUGAUACGCAUUUAUUUUUUAAUGAUUUAGAGGAAUGUGAUCAAGUUCACAUAGAUGAUGUUUCUUCUGAUGAUAAUGGACAAGACCUAAGUACCUACAGUUUUGCAACUGAUGGCUUCCAUGCAGCUGCAAGUAGUGCAAACCUUUGUCUGCCAACAGGUGUAAGAGGAGGGGUUGACUGGAUGAGGAAGCUGGCUUUCCGUUACAGAAGAGUAAAAGAGUUGUAUAAUACUUACAAGAACAACAUAGGAGGACUCCUAGGUCCUGCAAAAAGAGAUGCAUGGUUGCAAUUAAGAGCAGAGAUUGAAGCUCUGACAGACUCCUGGCUAACAAAUGCACUUAAAUCCUUAUCAAUUAUCAGCACAAGGAGUAACUGUGUAAAUGUGUUGGUAACAACAACCCAGCUUAUCCCAGCACUUGCAAAAGUCUUGCUAUACAGUUUAGGAGGAGCUUUUCCCAUUGAAAAUAUUUACAGUGCAACUAAAAUAGGAAAAGAAAGUUGCUUUGAACGAAUAAUGCAAAGGUUUGGCAGAAAAGUAGUAUAUGUUGUAAUUGGGGAUGGUGUAGAAGAAGAACAGGCAGCAAAAAAGCACAACAUGCCUUUCUGGAGGAUAUCCAGUCAUUCGGACCUCUUGGCUCUCCAUCAAGCACUGGAACUAGAGUAUUUGUAACUGUGUUCUAAAGUUGGCGAUCCUUUUUUAUAUAUAUAUAUUUCAAGUACACUGAAUUUUUAUGUGUGAUUCAAUGCCUCUGGCUUUACACAUAUGAAUUGUCUUAAGAAGGGAAGAAAUAUUUGGAAUUAAAAAUUCCAAAUUGAAGAAUUCAGAUUGCUGAAUGGAGUUAAAACAUUAGCGCUACGUAAGGAAGCUCUAUGGUCUUAUAUAUGCAACGUUUUAAAUGGAUUAAAACUGUGGAGGUUGCUGGUACACACCGAAUGAGCCCUGACAGGAGUGAACAAAGGACUCGAACUGGCAAAGCACCAACAUGCGUUUUCCAACCGACAAGGUGUUGUUCAACAACAUUCCUCAAAAUGGGAUAUAUUCUCAGCACUGAGGUUUGAACCAGACUUUAGCCUACCUAACCCAGAAAAUCUGAAUUGGAAUGCACUCAGACUGUAUAAUGACAAUCCUGUCUAGACCUGUAAUUUGUGUAAAUUAUUGAUGAAAAUAACUUACUGUGACUUUAUUAGCAGCUGAUUUUGGAAGUGGAUGCAAUUUUUCUUUCUUUUUGGGGGUUGGGGAGGGAGAGGGUUAUAUAAUAUUGUCUCUUUUAUAAGUUUGGCAAACAGAAUGUGCAUAAUGAUGUGUUGUGCCUUAAGGAGAAGACUGUGUUUGUGUGUUAUAAUGUAACUUUGGUUAAAAACUAUGUAGAUAAACAAACAAAAAAAAAGCCUUUGUGAUAAUUUUUGACAUGACCAAAUUUGAAAUUCAGAGAAAUCAAAGAGAGUGACUGCACCAAAGCAUUUAAGUUUUUGUUGCAGUAAGAAGAAAGAAUAAUAAAGGAAAGUUUGUGUUUUUAUUUGGAUCCUCAAUAAUUCCACUGACUGAGGAAAGUUGAGAGUAUGUUGGGAGGUUGAUAGUGGGGACCGCUACCAUGAAAGCUAAAAAAGAAGAGUUUAACACCUUCAACAUCAUUUCUUGAUUCUCUGAUGAGAUAACUAGGAGCCAUUUUCAUGAAUUACUUAGUCCACUGAAAGCCAUGCAAUGAGUGUAUUUGCUGUAUUUCAAGGAACAAACUCGCAGCCAACUGAUGAAGUAUCUGGAGUGCACUAAUGGCAUUACUGGAAGGUGAAAAUAUUAAAUUAAGCACAGAUGGAGGAUAAAACACAGGUUCUUUAGAAACAAAAGAAUUCUAAGGAAUGUCUUACUGGUCAAAUGCACAAAUAAUGCUAUAUUCAGCAUAUUUAGGCAGCUGGAAUUGCUGGCAAGAUGGCACUGGCCCACUCAGGAGUACAGUCCAUUUUGGUCAAUAUUUUGGCAUAUUUUAGUAGCUUUUCCAUUUAGUUCCACAUACAGAUGUCUUCUGUUUUGGGUCAACAUGUCUUUCUUCACCUAAUUUUGAUUACGAAAGAUUAAUAUAUAGGAGCAACCCUUAAGGGUCUUUGCAUUCAGAUAUUUCAACAGCAUGCCAGGCAUCUGAAGAGAGGAUAAGGAGGAGAUUUUGAUGAAGAAAUACUGAGAAAUAUGUUAACUUUAGUCAUAUAUAUUAAUAAUUUUGGUCCACAUGGUGAUAAUUACCUUGCAAGUACUGAACAAGCUAUCUUUCAGCUCUGGAAAAUGAGCAAGGUCCGUUUUCAACAGAAGAGCCCCAGCACUCCACAUGGACACUCUACAGCAACUGCAGUGGUUCAUCUUUCAUUGCAGAAGAUGGAAACUGCUUUUUUGAUUUUUAUUACUCUAUGUGGAGAUGCCUGAGGUUGCCUGUGCUCUGACUCUGUGAAGAAGUGUGAACAAGAGAUGUUAAAUGUAAACUCCAAUGAUGCUUACAGAAGUACAGCUAUCAGCACUGAGCUGAAUUUCUUCCACCCCUGUUUUGAAGCCAGUGUAUGCCUAGUUACCAGGUAGUAAGCAGAUUUCAUCUUUGUUGAUGUAUUACAUGAAAGUUAUUUGGUAGGUGAAAGCUUGGAGCUACUAAAAAAUCAAGACAAAACUCUUUUGUAACUUCAUGAAAAUGGAAUUUGUUUGCUGCUUUGGAAUUGGAUAUACAAGUCAUCAUAAAAGAAAAAUAAUUUUUUGUUAUCAUUGGAAAGUGUGAAGCCAUGAGAAUAACCACACAUGAAAUCACUAUACACCAGUUACGUGGGUGAUAGAUAUGUGUAUUCAACAAAUAAAAAUGAUACAUACCUUAUUUAUAUUUACAGAACUUGCCUAGUCACAUUUGCUUAGAAGUACAUUUUCAUAAGACCUGUGGUGCCAGUUUUUCAUAGUCUUCAAGUGGGAAAAAAAUGUUUCUACUGGAACAGGAAAAAAGGUUGAACAAAGCCCUUCUCAAGUUCCAGCACCAUAACAUUGCAUGAGAAUGUCAGUAUAAAAGUUUUUAUUUAAAAAAAAAAAAAA